AGAAGUCUUUUGUCCUAAAGACGGCUAAUCCUUGGGACGAAAAGUUCCAAAAUAACUGUAUUCUUUUUGUUUGACUUCUUUUCGGGUUAUGGAUUCAUCUCGUGAAGCUAAACACGAUCAGGAGGAGGAGAGAAGAGAAGAUGAAGCAGCUGCUUCUUUGGUGGAUGUAAAUCUCAUGGUGGUGCUUCUCUCUCAGCUUUGUACGAAGGACGACGAAGAUGAUAAGAAUUUGGAGAAAGAGAGAAGAGAUCAUGUUGCGCAUGAGAUUCGUGAAUCCAGAGCACGUGCAAACAAGAGGUUUAUGAAGGAAUCAAAGCUCAUGGAGAAAAGGACACAUGUGCUUCAACCCAUGGCUAAGGAAUUCAGGUCCAGGAGAAUGUGAAGGGUCAUCAUGACCGGUGAUCUUGUACGUGAUUGCCCUAGAAGCUGAAAGCAAUCAUCAUAUUUUUUCAAUUGCAAUCAAAAUUUUGGUAUUGAGCAUUAUGAGAAGAUGGAAAAGAUGAAGAGAGUUUUCCCAUCAAUGUAAUAUUUUUAAGUAUUUACUUUGUAAAGAACAUAUAUUAUUUGUAUCACUACAGCUAAGAUGUA